GAUCAGAAAAUUGCUAUUGCUCAAACCAUCAACAGCCAUCAAUAUGUGCAAUUUGACAAAGAAACCACCACUAGAACUACCUCACUUGCAAAAUCUCUUACAAACCAAUUGAACAUACCUUCGACAAAUCUUUCGAAUGAUGAACACCAACCACUAAAAGAGGACAUGUAA